UGAGUCUUCAAGCCUCUUCAAAGACACUUCACAGAUAUUGCAGAUAUGGAGGAGGACCUGAGGAGUAUAAAAGGGUCCGAGGAGCCUAAGCUCAUUGUACAGAGACAACAUGGGCAAGCUACUCAUCUGCGUCGGACUGGCACUCCUGCUGCACGUGCAGCUAGGAUCAUCCUACAUCCUCUCCUGUUAUUUCACCAACUGGGGACAGUACCGUCCUGGAGCAGGCAAGUAUUUCCCCACCAACAUUGACCCAUGUCUCUGUGACCACCUCAUCUAUGCCUUCGCUGGAAUGGACGGCAACAUGAUCAAGACCUACGAGUGGGACGAUGAGAAACUCUAUGGACAGUUCCAGGCUCUGAAGAACCAGAACAGCAACCUGAAGACUCUGCUGGCCAUCGGAGGCUGGAACUUUGGUACUCAGAAGUUCACAGCCAUGGUUUCCUCCCCUGCCAAUCGUCAGACCUUCAUCACCAGCGUGAUCACAUUCCUGCGUCAGUAUGAGUUUGAUGGUCUGGAUAUUGACUGGGAGUUCCCCGGCUCUCGUGGCUCCCCAGCUCAGGAUAAGGAGCGCUACACCGUUCUGGUCCAGGAACUGAUGAGCGCCUUUGAGGCUGAGGGCAAGAACACCAACCGUCCCCGUCUGAUGCUGACUGCUGCUGUCUCUGCUGGCAAGGGAACCAUUGACUCUGGAUACCAAAUCGCUCAGAUUGGCGCUGUGCUGGACUACAUCCACGUCAUGACUUAUGACUUCCACGGUUCUGGGGAGCACAACGUUGGAGAGAACAGUCCUCUGUACAAAGGACCCUCUGACCAGGGAUCCAUGAUCUACUUCAAUAUGGACUAUGCCAUGAACUACUGGAAGAGCAACGGUGCCCCAGCUGAGAAGCUGCUGGUUGGUUUCCCCACCUAUGGCCACACCUUCCGUCUGGCUUCCUCCAACACAGCUGUGGGAGCUCCUGCCAGUGGACCUGGACCUGCUGGACCUUUCAGUCGUCAGGCUGGUUUCUUGGCCUACUAUGAGAUCUGCACUUUCCUAAAGCAGGGAGCCACUCAGGCCUGGGACAGCUCCCAGGAUGUUCCAUACGCCUACAGCAAGGGAACCUGGGUUGGAUAUGACAAUGUGAAGAGCUUCCAAAUCAAGAUUCAGUGGCUGAAGCAGAGCGGUUUCGGUGGAGCCAUGGUGUGGACUCUGGAUCUGGAUGAUUUCAGUGGCACUUUCUGUGGCCAGGGAAGAUACCCUCUGAUCAACACCAUCAAGAGUGGACUGGGAACUGGAGCCUGUACGCAUUAA